GAGCAUGUGAAAUCGGCAAAGAUGUUGACUAACUUUUUACUUGUAUUAUUAUUAACUGCCUGUGUGUCCUGUAAGAAACAUAAGAAUGUGCCUUCAGCUCAGCCAUCCACUCCACUUUCGAUUGGUCCAUUCGGAAAUUGUUAUGCCCACGAUCGUCCAUUGAUUGGACAUUGUGUGCCAUAUAGAGAUUGUAUUAGUGCUCUCCAGGCAAGAGACGACGUAACGGUUCUAGAGUGUCCAUCUGAGUCCAAAAAGCACGAUCGCUAUGUUUGCUGUCCCCAUGGAGGAUAUAUAGUGCCCGAGCCAAAGCAGUCCAAAAGUGAAAGAGCCUGCAGAAAAGCUUAUGUAAGGGAAUCACAUAAGCGACGUAGACGUCAGUCAGACGAUCAAUUAGAGGCAAUUGAAGCACCUAUAAGAAGACUCAAUUUCAGUGGCACUGAAGUGGUCGGCGGACGACUUACUCAGCCCGAUGAGCAUCCCUAUAUGUGUGCACUUGGCUGGCGCUCAAAUAACAAAGGCAAAGGCAAAGGCAACGGCAAGAAGAUUGAUCGUUGUUAUAUAUUCAAUUGUGGCUGUGUGUUAAUAGAACGUAAAUUUGCUUUAACGGCCGCUCACUGUGCCAGUUUGGGAGGGGAGUCCCCGGAGAUUGUGUUAAUUGGCGGUGUUGACUUGAACAGUACCGAAACGAGUCAAAUCAUUCGUAUCAAAGAGAUUAAAAUUCAUCCGAAUUAUGACGAUGAGAGUAACUACAAUGACUUGGCCAUAAUCAAGUUGGAGAAGAAAUCCCAUCAACCAAUAGCAUGCCUGUGGGCAAACGAUGCUGUACCCGAGGUUCCAUUGACAGCCAUGGGUUAUGGCCAGACUCGUUUUGCUGGACCACCUUCACAUAGGUUACUCCAAGUCCAAUUAUAUCCACUCAAUAAUCAACAAUGUGCAGGCUAUUUACGUGAUGCUGACAAAUUGAAGAAUGGCCUAGGACCAGGACAACUUUGCGCUGGUGACUACUCUGGUCGCAUGGAUACAUGUCAAGGAGAUUCAGGCGGUCCUUUGGUAAUGUAUCAACAGGAUGGACAACAUCGUUUGCCCUAUGUAAUAGGUAUUACCUCGUUGGGUGGAAUAUGUGCCAGUGGAGCUCCUGGUGUUUACACGCGAAUUUCACAUUAUAUUCCAUGGAUUGAACGAAAGGUUUGGAAAUAACGCAAACCAAAUUUCAAAAGAAAUAAAUGACUACAAAACAUGGAAGUAUUUUA